AUGACAAACGAAGCUGAGGUUGUCGACUUCAACUACAGUAGUGAAUCGAAGGGGCCAAUAGUCAAUACAGUAUGUACGAUAUUUAUGGUUCUCACCGCUAUUGUGAUUGGGCUGCGGAUGUUUUCGAGAUUAUGGGUUGUUCGUGCCAUGGGAAUGGAUGAUAUUCUUAUUUGCUUUGCUGCAUUAUGUUCCUGGGGCUUCUCAAUAUGCGUCAUCCUCUGUGUCAACAAAGGCCUAGGAAAACAUUUCACCGCCGUCCCCGUUGAGAACCUGCCCUCAUACACUAGACGAGUCUGGGCCUCCUCCAUGUUCUACAACGCCUGUCUCGGCUUCAUCAAGACCUCUGCACUGGCGCUGUACCUGCGCCUGACACCCUCCCUCACCUUCCGCCGGGUUGCCUUCUUCAUGAUGUUCAUCGUGGGCUCGCAGGCGACCUCCAACGUCUGCGCCUGCAUCUUCCAAUGCGCGCCCAUCAAGUUCCUGUGGGACCGCACGCUGCCCGGCGGCCGCUGCAUCAACAUCAACGCCUUCUACCUCGCCAACGCCGCGCUCAACAUCUUCACCGACUUCCUCACCUACACGCUGCCCAUGCCCAUGCUGUGGAAGCUGCAGCUGCCGAAGCGCCAGAAGAUCGGAUUGGUGACUAUUCUUGGUUUGGGUGGAUUUGCCUGCAUCUCGUCCAUCAUCCGCAUCACCUACGUCGCCCCCAUGCUAACGGACGCCGACCCUACCUGGGUGAUCGCCGAGCCCAUGUACUGGUCCGUGAUUGAGAUCAACAUCGGGAUCCUCGCGGCCUCCAUCCCGUCGUUCAAGAUUCUCGUCAAGGAGUACUUCCCACGCAUGCUGGGCAGCGGGUACAGCGGGCACGACCAGAGCGGCGGACUCAGUGGCGCCGUCAACUCGCGGUACAAGAAGGGAUACAGCGAGCACUCGUACUCGAUGGACCGGAUGAAGAACGGGGCGAUGAACACCACUGUGACGGGGGGCCACACGCAGCUGGGGUCCAUGAGUGGCAGUCAGGAGCAUAUCAUUAUUCCGGAUGGCAUGAUUGUGAGGACGACGGCGGUGGUGGUGGAUGAGAGCCAUAGUACGCACAGUUCGGGGGAUAAGGAUCUGGAGAGUCAGGUGUCGAAGUCUUCGUCAUAG